AUGGCGGUCUUCGGCAGUGGACAACAAGUACGAGUUAGGAAAUUCUGCACAAGUGCCGGCUCAACUCUGUACCAUUACCUACUACUGUUUCCUGGUGCCAGCUUCUGUCAAAACAUGAACGUGGUCUUUCACAUGCUUUGCACAAAAUGGUUCGUCGAUUCGCCUCCUGCACCACCUUCACAAAUGAGAGAAUCGAGAAUCGCCCAUUUCAAGUAUGAAUUGAAUGGAGCCAACAGACUGUCAAAAGGAGGCAGGCCUAAGGCAAGCAUUGACUAA